AUCAAAAUCAGCUGUUACAGCUAAGUUCAUUAUAGUUUUGGUGUACCUUUUUAAGAAUAAAUAAAGUAAUAAAUAAACUUAAAGUAUUAUGCUACAAGAUUUUUAAAUUCUAAAGAUAUUAUAUAAAUAUGGGUGCCCUGCUUUCAAGUCGUCAAAGAAACGGUGUAGAAGAAGUGGACGUGGUGGUAAACCAUGCAUACAAAUAUCCACCUAGAUCAGGAAAUUAUUUUGGGAGUCAUUUUAUAAUGGGAGGAGAAAGAUUUGAUACUCCCCAACCUGAAUCUUAUCUAUUUGGAGAAAAUUCAGACUUAAACUUUUUGGGUAGUAGACCAACUCCGUUUCCAUAUCCUCCUCCUCAACCAAACGAUCCAACAAAAACCUUAAAAUGUUUGGUAAAUAUUCGAAAAGAAUCAUUGAGAUUUGUAAGAGCGUCCAGCGAAUAUAAUAAAAUUAGUUUAGAUAAAAACACUAUAGACGAUGUUGAGUUAGGGACUAACACUAAUUUUAAUAUUGAGUUUAUUUUUGAUUGUGAUGUGAGGUGUGCAAUAACUAUAUAUUACUUUUGCACUGAAGAGAUCACAGCAACAGGUGUCACUUAUGUUCCAAAAGACCCUCUGUUAUGCUCUGAAACAUUUCAUUAUAAAAAAGGGGCAAACCAACAGUUUUGUCAACCAACUCAUUCUUUUAAUCCAGCAAAGUAUUCUGAAGAAGAACUGUUGUAUGAUGUCGAUAGGGAGAUUAUUCCUAUAGUAGUUCAUUGUGUAGCUGAAGAAGGACCAGAAGAUAUGAGACAGUCUCAUACAACUAUAGCAACUAUAGAGAAAAUUGCUGAAGGAAUUUUUCUUUUAAAGGCUCUCAAACAAAAACUUUGGGUUGAUGGCUUAUGUUAUCUUUUGCAAGAGAUCUAUGGUAUUGAAAAUAAGAAUAAUGAAAAGAACGCUGGAGAUGACGAGACUGAUGAUAAUGGAUCUGAAUGUGUAAUAUGUAUGUGUGAUGUACGAGAUACUCUUAUAUUACCUUGCAGACACUUAUGUCUAUGCAACUCUUGUGCAGAUUCUUUAAGAUACCAAGCGAAUAACUGCCCUAUUUGCAGAGCACCUUUUAGGGCUCUUCUACAGAUUAGGGCUUUGCAAAAGAGCAUCAAUGGUAGCUUGGCUCCCAUUGGACCUCCUGAUGCAAACUGUGACAAUAUUCCACCAGGGUAUGAUGCAGUAUCUCUUAUAGAAGCUCUGAAUGGUCCUUGUCAACCUAGACAGCCCCCUUCAGCUAUGCCUGACCUAGUUGAAACUCCUGAAAAUGAGCAUGCUAUUCAAGCUGCUCAUAUUCUAAAUAGGCAUUCUCCACCAUCAAAAAGAGGCAGUCAGCCAGCUACUCCUGAAUAUCCUUCUAAAACUAUGACAACAAUAUUAACAAACAGAUCAGAAGAAGAGCAUCCAAAAGAGACACAAAAAUGUCCACUUUUGAGGGAUGAGAAGGAGGUAGUUAUUAGAAGUAGACAGAAGACAAAGGACCAAAUAAAAUUGGUAAAUGAAAAGGAGAAAGAAGAGAAUGUCGAUGAAGACAGCGAAGCAGAAAAAUUGUCUCCUCUACUACAACAAAAAAGGGAAAGCCUAAAUCGAGGCACGGAGCUAGCUCUACGCAUGGACGACGUAGUGGAACACAUCGACGGUGACGAAGUCGACGAGCGCUUUGAAAGGCGACCGGUACCGUCAGCCGGCGAAGACUCAGAUUACUACACCCCCGACGAACCCGGUCCUACAUCCACAGGGUUAUACGAAGGCAGUGGGGCACCCAGUUCCACGGAGAGUACGCCUCACAAGUUGCCCGGUACUCCGCUGAGCCUGGCCAGUGCUAAGAGCAGCGGGGAGAGUGUUACGAGCGGUGGCAGUACUCGCCAUCUGUUGGCUAUACACGGAGGUACACCGGCGACCGAUCGUCCCGUUCAUGUUUAAAAGCGUUCUGGUUAGAGUAAUAUUCGGUUUACACAGGGGUAAAUUGAUAGGUAGAGCGGAGAUUUUAUAAAAUUUAUUGGUAAUUUUUAAGAUUUUCAUUAAAUCUGCUGUCUGUGUCUGUAUAUUUAUGAAAUUUGGUAUAUAGACGUAAAAUCAAAUUUUGAAAACAACUUUUGACAGUAUUUUGUUUCUUAAACCUAAUUUUUGCUUAUGUAAAGAGGAUCUUUGUAAUUUUACGUCAUCCGAGUUGUUGCCAACAUGUGAAAAUAUUCAUUUUUGUUACUUGGAAUGUUAAAAUAGUACUACAAGUUUUUUUU